AACCCUAUCCCUGCACACCUUUCUUCCUGAGCCAAACAAAUCAAAAGCUAUCCCCCCCCUAUCCAAUCCUCUCACUGUUUUGCCCUUCGCCAACUAGUCCACCACCCUCUUCGUUCUCUGGCCACCACCGUCCGGCAUUGGCAGUGUGCAGGAUGGCUCUGAGGCUGUGGGCGAGCUCAGCUGCCAAUGCGCUCAAGCUCUCAGGCACCGCCGGAGCCUGCGGGGCUUCUGCUGCUGCCCCGGCCUUUGCCUUGUCAAUCUCCAGAUUCUUCUCCACUGUUCAUGAUGGGUUGAAGUACACUCAGUCUCAUGAAUGGGUCAAGACAGCCGACGGCGUGGCUACUGUUGGCAUCACGGACCAUGCUCAGGACCACCUUGGAGAGGUGGUGUUCGUGGAGCUGCCGGAGCCCGGCACGACGGUCUCCGCGGGAGCAUCCUUCGGCAACGUGGAGAGUGUGAAGGCCACCAGCGACGUCAACUCCCCAAUCUCCGGCGAGGUCGUUGAGGUCAAUUCCAAACUGUCAGAGACGCCCGGCCUGAUCAACACGAGCCCUUACGAGGAUGGGUGGAUGAUCAAGGUGAAGCCGAGCAGCCCGGGGGAGGCGGACGUCCUGCUGGACGCCGCCAAGUACACCAAGCACUGCGAGGAGGAAGACGCUCACUAGAGCCAGCAGCAAAGCGUACGCGUGCAUGCUUAUGACGCAGUGUUUCUGAGAGCAUGUUUGGAUGGGAUUCUAAAAUCCGAAUUGUGGAUAAAAAUAAUGUCUGAUGUUUCUUGGAUUCCAUGCCUGUGUGUGUGGUAGAAUCGUCUAGAAUUUUAGAGUAUUUGAAUGAAGUUUUAGGAUUUUCAGAUUUUUUUUCUUCCUAUCCAGAUUCUUAAAAUCCCCAUGCAUGGAUCCAAAUGCUACCUUAGUUUUUCUUUGUUGCAAAAAGUCCAUCUUUAUCAUGUCA